GACUGCUGAAGAGUUGCAGAAGGCCAGAAAUCAGAAACCUCCUGAACUUCAUAGAGCUACCAUCGACUACGACCUAGAAAAGUAUUGGAACCAUCCAUCCAUCAGACCACUGGUGCACCAUUAUCUCUUCCCUUGAAACUUGGUACACUUCGACAACCAGUGGUCUGGGAUGAUGUUAUCUACAUCAAAAGAACAACAGAUUUGCCUGAUAGUCACUUGGUGGCUUGCGGGACUCUUCUCUUGCUUGGUGUUUAUUCAGUAUUCCUCACGUACAUGUGCACUGGAACCCAUUCCUUAUUAUCGAUCUUACAAUAAUGUAAACACCCUUAAUCCCGUUACCACUCCAGGUCAACAGGAGGAAAAACCCAUCCUGCUGCUGUGGAUGUGGCCUAUGGACAAGCGGUGGGACUUUAAAGACUGUAAAGCCAUGUACAACAUUGACGGCUGCCAUUUGACCGAUGAUAGAAACCUUUAUAACCAAUCAGACGCAGUCCUCGUUUUCCACAAAGGUAUCAAAUGGGACCUGUCCAACCUUCCGCCGUCUCCUCGGCCUCCGUUUCAAAAAUGGAUCUGGCUUCACGUCGAAUCGCCGACCAACACGGCGAGGAUUCCCGGUUUGGAGAAGCUUUUCAACCUCACAUUGAGCUACAGACAGGAUGCUGACAUUUCUGUGAGGUAUGACCUCACGGUCAACAAGAAGCCAAACAAUGACUUUGUGAUCCCAAAGAAGGACAAGCUUCUGUGUUGGUUCGUGUCCAACAUGGCCACCAUUACUGGAGUAGGGACCAGGCUGAAGUACUACAACGAGUUAAAGAACCACAUCAAUGUGACUAUUUUUGGAGGAAUGGUUGGCAAACGCUUGAAAGAUGAAGACUACUACUCCAUGAUGGCUAGCUGUAAGUUCUACCUCUCUUUUGAGAACUCCAUCCACAUAGACUACAUCACGGAGAAAAUAAAUGGUCCUCUUUCAGCUGGGACAGUUCCAGUCGUCUUGGGGCCACCGAGAGAAAAUUACGAGCAGUUUACUCCGAGUAAUGCCUUCAUUCACAUCAACGACUUCCCUGAUGCUGCAUCACUGGCUAAAUAUCUGCUUCAGCUGGACAAAGACGAUGAAGCGUACAAGCGCUAUUUUGACUGGAGAAAACACGUAACAGCGACACCGCAUCUAAUCUUUCCUUAUCAAGAGUUCAUCAUAUACAUCUGUCAUGCCUGUGAAUAUAUUGGAAGGUACAAAGACUAUAGAGCUGCAAAAGACCUCUACAAGUGGUGGUUUUCAUAAAGAGGAACUCUGGACGAGUGCAUUUGCCAAUCGGUGUAAAGCUAUAUAAAAAUUCAGAUCUUUAUCAGCAGAAAAAUGCACAGAACAUUAAGUGAUUUGAUUUGGAUAUGGUUUAUUUGAUUUGUCGGCUCAAGUGGCUAACCCAAGAUAAAAUCUGUAGUAACAAGUAGUGGGAAAUUUUUUUCACUCAUAACCCUAUAUCUACGACACGAUACUCCUGAAAAUCCCCGCCUCUCUGAUUGUGCGAGAGAACCAACGAAAACAAGUAGAAUGAAGAUUUGGAAUUUAUUUUGCAGUAAUGUUUAUUUGUCCUAUCUGUCAUGGAACUUUCCUGUUCUUUUUGGGUUUUUUCUGAAAGUGAUUGACAACUAAAAUGUUUUGUUGUUUUUGUACGGAAACAGGUUUAAGUAUAAAGGUCAUGUUUAUUCAAGUCAGUUUAAACAAUGGAAAUGUUGUCUCAAAGCAGACUUACAGGAAUUAAAAUAUUCAGAAUAAAAAGCUGAACAGAGACACUGUAACAGUGUUACAUACUGUAACAUCUACUCUUGUCUAUCUUCUGGCAGGAGAAGUGAAUCAAAAGUAAGUCACAGUACUUCAUGAUACAGACGGCAGUAAAAAGAAGAGUAUCAGAGAAGUGACUCUUCUGAAGGUUUUAGGUUUUGAGCAGGUACCACAGAAACAACCUUGUGGCCAUGUGACCUCAUUGCAGCACAACUGCCAGGCCUACAACAAGAUGUGUUUGGCCUGUAACUAGCGUACUUGUCAUUAAACAGGAGAGUUUUCAGGCAUAAAAUCCAAACCCAAAUGCAUGGAUAACAUAUACAGGAAAUAACAAAACUACAAAAACAUGGAAAACGCUAUCGAGACUAAGCAAAGAAAAAAAAUAAAACUAAGCAAAAAACAGACGUAAGACAGGAUUAAAUAGGAAAAGUAUUCAUUGAAACACAAGGAACAGGUGUGCAGAGGCAGGAACGGAUAAAGAAUAGUGUGGGGCGUGAACACAAAAACGCACAAAGACACACGGUACAAGACAAAAACAAAGAAAGCCAGAAGGUCCCCCUGGAGUCCAGGCAGGGAAUAGACUGAGCUGUCCAUGACAGUACUGCAGGAUUGUGCCUUGACCUUUAUCAAAUGUUCAGAUAUUAAAAUCCAUAAAUCUGAUUUAUGAGAA